AUGUGGGAUCGUGCAUUCAACGCAAAUGCUCUCCGCGAAUAUGAGCCUCGCUUGAACCGCCAUGCUCUUACUCUCAUGUCCAAGCUCAAAGAGCGAGCUACACGAUCUUCAGUUCGAAUUACAGACUGGGUCAACUUCUACAGCUUUGAUGUUAUGGGAGAUGUCGGCUUCAACCGCAGCUUUGACAUGAUGAAGAAGGGUAAAGAAGAUCCUGUCAUCAAGCUAUUGCAUGAGAGCCACGCACCCAUAAGUGUUUUUGCGCACAUCUCUUGGGCGAUGCGGCUUAUCGCAUUAACACCUGUCGGUUCUGGACCCCUCUUUGAGCACAUAGCCUGGAGUGCAAAGGUUCUCGAAGAGCGGAAAAAGGUAAGCAACCCCAUGAAGUACUUGGUGCCAGGCGUUACGAGGUUUUGCCUAGUUACGGCAUUGCACUUGAUCCUGUUGCAACCUCCAGCUAAAGUCCCGAAUACUGACAUGAUCAUCAGCGAUACCGUGGCUGCAACGUUAUCAUUUCUUUUGUACGAAUUGUGCAAGAAUCUGGAGAUCCAAGCCAAGCUGCGCACCGCAAUUAAUGAAAUCGAAACGAAGAAAGCGCAUCUUAAUGUUGAAGACGUCACCGAGUGUGCUUAUCUGGACGGGGUAAUCAACGAGACUUUGCGCCUCCAUCCUGCUACACCCUCUGGAGCGCAGCGCGAGACACCACCUGAAGGAAUAACUCUACCCAACGGCACAUAUAUACCCGGAAGAAUUAAUGUAUGGAUGCCGUUCUACAGCCUGCAACGCGACCCACGAUACUUUGAAGAGCCGCUGGCUUUCAUGCCAGAGCGAUGGACCGGCGAACGACCUGGUGCUAUCAUCGACAAGCGUGCCUAUCUGCCUUUCUCCAUCGGACCAUACAACUGUAUUGGACAGAAGCUAGCCAUGAUGGAGCUGCGCAGUGUCACUGCCAAUCUUGUUAGAUCAUUCGAGAUCUCUUUUGCUGAGGGCGAGGAUGGCAGUACAAUCGAGAACAAGACCCGAGACUGCUUUACCAUCAUAGUGGGGAAGCUAGAUGUCAAACUCACGCCACGGUACUAA